AUGACGCUGUCAGUGUCAGACCAAUGCCGCUCCUGCAUCGCUAUUCUCCAAGAAGUCAUUUCUGCCCCACCCCACCCAGAUCGCAGCGGCAACAAUGCCAUAAACCUUCUAAUGAGGGAGGAGCUGGACAGGUUCAGUCUUUUUGUUGGAAAUAUUGGAGCUCUCCAUCAACCCGAGUCACCCAUGUCCAUCGAAUCACGACUACAAAGAGCCCAUGAUGUGCUUGCUCACAUUUUGGGUCUCCUAGACGACUUGAAAGAAGUUACUGGAGAACUCUUGGAUAUUGUCUCUGGCAAAAGAGAAGGAUUUGUCUCAGUUGUUGACGGGACUGAUGAUGAAUGUGGAAGAGAGAUCAGUGAAGUAAACGAGCUUCAGGAAGAGAUCAGUGGGACCGUCACCCGGCUCUUUAGAAUUUCAACCCUUAUUCAACGUGCAGCACCUACAGAUGUUUUUGCGAAAGCUCUCAGCCGUAAUAAAUAUCACUUCAAUGACCAGUUCGACAUUUCCCAUGUUGGCGAAAAAUAUCCGAAACUUGCCACAAAGGACUCGGCCUGGCUACGUCAACGGCUUGGGAGAGCUAUUACGCAAAGAAGGCAUUACCUCAGCUACAUACAGGACCACCGUGAGAAACUGGCAGAUCCACUCAAUCACCAUGGAAAGUCGGGUGGCUCGGCCUACAAACCUCAGAUUCCUAACAUCAAGCAGUCGCUGGGUUCGAAGCCAACGCUAGAUAGGGAGAGUCUACCUUCCUUCUUCACUAAGGCCACCACUAUUGCCACCGAAAAUCUCGCGCCUGAACUGAAUUUUGCCGAUGAAUCAGAUCCAGAUGAUGCUCGUUCUUACACAACAAUAUCCCGCUCGAUGGAUGGUGAUCAUGAGGCAUGCUCCAAUGUUCGCAUCCCAAAGCUCGAUUCUUUACGCACUGAUUAUGGGAAAGAGUUCGAAUGCCCAUUCUGCUUUCGCAUCAAAAAGUUCAAGAGUGAGCGUGUGUGGAAAAAGCACGUCUUCUCAGAUCUUCGUCCAUACGUCUGCACGUUCCCAGACUGUGAUUCACCAUAUUUUGGUGACAUCAACAAAUGGUUCCAGCAUGAAAUGACAUUUCAUCGCGUGAGUUUCGAGUGCUUCCUGUGUUCGAAAUUUUUCAACCAAGAGGACAAAUACACCCUCCAUAUAAAACGGGAGCAUGAUGAGACUUUGGAUGAUGGUGGGGAACAAGCAGCAAGAGAUCUCUCUCGAAAGCCACUGGCUCAGAUUCCAGCAACCGACUGUCCUUGCUGCUCUGACUGGUCUACUCGUUUGGAAGAGCAAGUCAUUCAAACGAGUGGAUCAGCACCUACAGGAAUACUGGCUGUUACUCCAACAGUCUUUAAACGUCACCUCGCAGGCCAUCUUGAGCAACUUGCGCUUUUUGCAAUCCCUAUCGGCGUUUCAACUGAUGCCAACGAUGAUUCGAAUGCUGCCAUGGAGGAGACAAAGAGUAAGCGGACA